AUGACACUUAUUUUCAAGAAUCAGACUGUGGUUCCAAAUGCAACCAGUGCAGAGCAGGGAUUGACUGACUCUCUGUCACAAGGGAACACCUUCCUCGACGUUGAUACAACCUCCAUUACUGCAAGUAAGUAAAGUGAUCAUUGCGGACCUUGUUGUCUUUGUCAUCACAUUCAACAUUGAAACAUGGCACGCUAAUAUUGGGUACAUUUUCAUAAGUUCACUUCUGUGGUGUUACAGUGACUACUACCAUUUCAGCUGCUAUAACCACCACAGUUGAAGCAACUACCACAGCUCCCAAAACAACCAAAGCUUCACCCACAACAACCACAUCUGCUUCAACAACAACCACAGCUACCGCCGCGACAUCCACCUCAACCAUAGCAGCCGCCACAACAAACACAGCUACACCAACUACAAAAACAGCCGCAGCUGCAAGCACAUUUUCACAAGCAACAACUACAGGUUCUUCUUCAACAACCACAACAUACCCCACAACAACCACAGUCUCUCCCACAACAACCACAUCUGCACCCACAAUAACAACAGCUGGUGCCACAAUAACAACAGCUACCCCCACAUCAAUCACAGCUGCUCUCACAUUAACUACAGUUUCACCCAAAACAUCAACAACUACAGGUAAAACAUCCACAGCUGCACCUACAACAAUCACAGCCGCACCAAUAUCAACCACAGCCGAAGGAACAUCAACCAAAGUUACAGACACAACAACCACAGCUGCACCAACGACAGCCAUGGGUAAGACAACAACAGCUACACCCACAACAACCACAGCUGCUCCCACAACAACCACAGCUGCUGAUACAGCAACAGCUCGUACUACAAUAACCACAUAUGCCCCCACAACGACCACAUUCCCUGCCACGACAAACACAGCUGCACCUAAAACAACCACAGCUGCAGCCACUACAACAACAGCUCCACCAACAACAACUAAACAUGUACCUACAACAACCACAGCUGCUGCCACCACAACAACCGCUCCUACCAUAUCAACCACAGCUGCUCCCACAACAACCACAGCUGCUGCUACAGCAACAGCUGGUACUACAAUAACCACAGCUGCCCCCACAACAACCACAUUCCCUGCCACGACAAACACAGCUGCACCUACAACAACCACAGCUGCAGCCACUACAACAACAGCUCCACCAACAACAACCACAAAUGUACCUACAACAACCACAGCUGCUGCCACCACAACAACAGCUCCUACCACAUCAACCACAGCUGA